UCACUGCUCCGUAGCUCAAAGCAAAGAUCAGAAAAGACGACAAAUUACUAUUCUAAACAUGUGUUUCUUUAGUGGUUAUUUUCACUCCGCUAUUCGUUCAUUGUGUUAAUUUUUCUGUACCCUAAUAAACUAGGCCUAGAUCGGGGAUAUUUCUUCAACCUAACAGGUCAAGUAUGGCUGUCCGUUUCUCUGGAAGUAUUUGUCGUUCUGGAGGUAUUACAAGUGCCAUUGCAAAAGAAACAAGAAAACUUUCCUUAAAACCUGUUAAACGUAUUGUCUUUCAGUUUGACCCCUUUGUUGAAGAGUCCAAGCACACAAGAGAUUUUAUGUACUACCUUCAAUCCAAGAAAGUUAUCAAGACAAAUCCCAAUUGUGUGGUGAAAUCAAACGUCUUAUGUGACAGAGGAGAUCCCUCCAUAGCAUUCAACUUAGAAAAUGGUUCCUCAGUGCUGUUCAAAGCCAAGCAUUUAUCAACAUUGGAAAUGUUCAGACUCUACAACAAACACAUAACAACUCUGUUGCCGAAAGAGGUUCCGACAACUAUCCUUAAAACAAAGUCUGAGAAGGCAAAGAAGCGAUAAGUUGAGUCUAUAGCUGCUGCGUAGGUGAUACAAGACAACAUGCCAAAGAGCAACAAACAGUAUAAUGUUAAACUCAUUGAUGAACUUUACAACCAGAUUCCCGCGUUCACUGACUUGUUUGACGAAGAGACA